AAAAAAAGGUGCGCUUCAAAACGUGCCUGUGUCUGUAAUCACUUCUUAAUUAGCAACAGCUUGGUUGUCUGAACGACUUGGUGCCUUAUCGGUGUGUUACUUCUUUGCUGCUCAUUCGACUAUGGGCUAGGUUGUGAUCCCAGUGUGUGUGUGGAUCCUGGUACUUGUGAAUUGGACUCGGUCAGCGGUAAUUGCUCCUGUGUAGCUGGCUUCUAUGGAAACGCAUGUGACCAGCUGCGUAUGGAGGUGAUCUGUGAGAUGGACUUAUUUAAAGUGAUGGUGGUGAAGGAGUUUUUUGAUUACAAUAAUGUCAGUCUGAGCAUGCUGCACCUGCUGAAUAUGAACUGCACUGCCAUUGAGGAAGAGCUGAACGGAAUACUAUACUACACUGCUGCCAUGAAUAAUGAGAACUACACCAUGUGUGGAGGGCUGACACCGCAGGUUAAUAAGACCCAUAUCGUUUAUGCAAAUGUGCUGAGUUCUGGAGUCUGGCCAACAGCAGUUAUAGUGAGGCAACGGCAGGUGGAUGUGACGUUCCAUUGCGUGUAUCCUUACGACAGGACUGUUAGCUUCCCAAUCGCCAUCCGUCCUUCAAAGAGUGACUCGCUGAUUCGAAUGAACCAGAAAGAGGCCACAGUUGGAAUUGACAUCUACAAGGACGGUACCUACAAAGAGCCUUACACCACGGUGCCCAUCCUGAAGCUCCAAAGCAGAGUCUACAUACAGAUCGGGAUCCUUGAGGAUGAUGGCUUCUUCCGGGUCCGUGUCAUUGACUGCUGGGCGUCGCAAUCCGAUGACCCCAAAGCUGGACUUGUGGGCCCCAAUCAGACUCUCGUCUCAGAUGGAUGCAAAGCAGAUCCAACGCUGACGUUCCAUAAUACUAAUGGACGAGAUGGCUUUGUCCAGUUAAGCUUUGAAAUGUUCAGAUUUGUGGUCUAUCCCUUUGAGUGGUACAUGCACUGUAGAGUGCGUCUCUGUGUACCAGCAAGCGAGGAUGCCUGUGUAGCGAUCUGCCACACUAAGAGACGGGACCAAAGGGAUGCUUCAGAGAGCGAGGGCCAGGGAUUGCUGUCAUACGGUCCCAUUAAAGUCAAAAUGCCAGAGGAACAAAGACUCAACCUGCUGUUGGUGGCAGCAUUCCCUGCUGGUGCUGUGGUUCUGAUCAUCGUGUUCAUCUUCAUUCUGAUCGCGAUCGCCAAAGCUACCAAUAAGAGAGCAUCACAGCUGACUAUGAAGAUAAAGUCCUUUAGAAAUGUUGCAUAAAAGGGGGGAAUAUGACUAUCCUGGGGUUUUCUUGUAAUGCAGAGCAGUCUAUAUGGGUCAGUUCUGACUUUACAAAUCAGAGGAAACAGCUUGUUGGGUUGGAGACUUUUUUUUUUUUUUUUUUU